AUGCAUCUCCUCUCCGAGCUCGAUAAUAGUCGACGUCACACCCUGCCACCCACGCUUUCCCUCGUCGCCGUCGCCGUCCCCUACGCUUCCCCCCACCAUCGCCCUCGCUUCCUCCCGCUGUCGCUCACACUUUACUCCGUCGUUGACCACGCUCCCCCUCCCGUCGCUUUCGCUUCCUCCCACCGUCGCCCUCGCUUCCUCCCACCGUCGCCCUUGCUUCCUCCCACCGUCGCCUUCGCUUCCUCUAACCGUCGCUUUCGCUUCCUCCCACCGUCGCCCUCGCUUCCUCCCACCGUCGCCCUCGCUUCCUCCCACCGUCGCCCUCGCUUCCUACCACCGUCGCCCUCGCUUCCUCCCACCGUCGCCCUCGCUUCCUCCCACCGUCGCCCUCGCUUCCUCCCACCGUCGCCCUCGCUUCCUCCCACCGUCGCCCUCGCUUCCUCCCACCGUCGCCCUCGCUUCCUCCCACCGUCGCCCUCGCUUCCUCCCACCGUCGCCCUCGCUUCCUCCCACCGUCGCCCUCGCUUCCUCCCACCCUCCCCUAAAACUCCGCCGUCGUCAUCACUUCCCUGCCUAUCACGUUCACCCUCUUCGUCACACGUCGCCUCUCUCUCUCCCCCUAUUCUACCUUCACCACUCCUACCGUCGUCCAUAGUUACCACCCCACACUUGAACCCUUCUCAUUCUCUCACAUUCUCCCUUCUCCCUUGCUUCUCGCCCACACUAAACGCAGAGAUGUAUGGCGCCUGGGCGCUGGCAACCUCCUCCUCACCCUCGCACCAACCCCGCACACAGCCGGGGAAGCUCGUGCAGGCGGGCAGUGAGGAGCGCUGUGCACAAGGGGCGAGGGGGUGGGGCAAGGGAGCGGGGGAGGCGUGGCAGGGGAGUGAGGGAGGGGGGAGUGGGGGAGGCGGGGCAGGGGAGUUGGGGAGGGGGGCAGGGGAGUGGGGGAGGGGGGGCUGGAAGCCGUCCCGUCUUCCUCCUCUUCCUCUUAUUUGCCCUCCCUUUCCUCCCUCCUCUUCCCUCCCCCCUCCCUUCCUCCUGUCCUCCCUUCCUCCCUUCCUUUCUUCCUCUCUUCCACCCUCUGCCCUACUCUCUGCUUCAGUGUCUUUCUCCCCUCUCUUUCCCCUUUCCUCCCUCCCUUCAUCUCAUCCUCUCUUCCGCCCUUCCUCCUUGUCUCCCUUGCUCAUUUCUCCCUCCUCAUAUUCCCUGUUCCCUGCGUCCCUCGCUGCCAUCCUCCCUUCCUCUCAGCCUCCUCACUUCCUCUCGUCAACCAUUCCUCCGCACCCUUCUACCCUGCCACGCCUAUACACUCCUACCUUGUUCUAG